AUGAACACAACUGAGAAGUUUUACCUUCCCGUUGAUGGCAUCCUAGAAAUGUUCAACUCUCUCACCGGGCAUCACCAGUCACACAUUAUGCAUCCAGUCCUGCAGAGCACAGUCCUCGCCCCAGUACUCCAGCAUCCCAAAGUCUCAAACAUAUCGAAGACAGGCAUGGGCAUCAUCAAAACAGUUCAAGGGCGCUGGAGCCAGCAGGAUAAGAGAGUGGUUACAAGUAGAUCCUCAAGUUCUGGCAAUGAGCAAGUAUCGACUGAUCGACUCCCAAAAACGUCGGUGGAUCUGCUGGAGCUGGGUCUGACCAAGCACAGGAACUGUCAGAGAAUAGUUGUGCUUGGUGCACCUAAAGUGGGUAAAACCAACAUUCUCCGGCGGUUCUUGGGUAAAGAAUUUGAAGAGCACUAUGAACCUACAACUGAGGACUUCCACAGAAAGCUGUUCCACAUUGGAGGAGAGGCAUACCAGAUCGAUCUCCUGGACGCCUCAAGUGAGAGGGACUUCCCUGCAAAACGGAGGUUAUCCAUCCUGACAGGUGACAUCUUUCUGCUCGUCUUCAGUUUAGAUGACAGAGACUCUUUUAGAGAAGUCUGUGAGCUCCUGGACGAAAUCACAACUGCUAAAGCAAAGUUACUAAAAUUAAAAAAUCCCGCAAGAGUGCCGGCCGUGAUAUGCGGGAAUAAAGUGGACUUGGAAGCAGAGAGAGCCGUCAGCCGGUCAGAGGUGGAAGAAGUCCUCGGUGAGGAUGUCUCAUUCUUCGAAACCUCGGCAAAAGACGGUUCUGGACUGGAGGGUAUGUUCAGUACCCUUGCCGCUCUGGGCGGACUGCCUGGCGAGACCAGUCCUUCCCGGCAUGAGAUCAUAUCCAUCCUCACCUACCAGUCGCUGUGCAUCGGGCAGCGAGGCAGGAGAGGAAGCCGGACGCGGGGACUCGGUGCGCCCUGUGCCGCCGUGGACCCUCUGGCACGCCGCCCGAGCUUCACCAGCGACCUUCGGAUGGUGCUUGGAUCAAGCACCAAACAAAAGAAACCAGAGAAGUGUCAGAUUCAAUGA